UGAAGACCUACUGCGAGGUGAGGUGUGGAUGGAAUGGGAAGCGGAGCCCAGAGCUGGAGCUCUUGGAGCAUCAAAUAUCGUCAACACGCGUUUUGCGCCAACAACAGGCUCUAUAUAUCGACAUACGUAGCGAGUAUUCCAACAUUGGCCCUUGUAUCUUGCGCGCAUCGCUGGUCUAGCUAGCCAUUGACCGAGUAUACGUAGUGAAAUGCGCCAACAACAGUCAACAUGCAGUGCUACGCGGAGUUGACGCCUCCCACCGCCGUCACGCAUUCUCUGAGCUUGCACUUUAUCUCGGCCCAAAGCAACAAUCUCGUUGUUGCCAAGUAUUCUCUCAUCCAGAUCUUUACGACCAAGUCGGUGUCGGCCGAGCUAGAUAAUGCCCAGAACUCCCAGCUACAGUCAUCCACUACCGAUCAGCCCUACGACACGCGUAUCAACGAUGACGAUGGACUCGAAGCCUCUUUCCUUGGUGCCGAUUCAGCCCUCAUUCGGUCCGAUCGCUCACAUUAUACCAAGCUUGUCCUCGUCGCAGAGUUUGCGCUCGCUGGAACAGUGACCGGGCUUGCGAGAGUCAAGUACCCGCCUUCGUUGUCUGGAGGGGAUGCUCUCCUGGUUGCGUUCAAGGAUGCUAAAGUAAGCUUGAUCGAAUGGGACCCUGUGAAGCAUGCAAUGCGAACAAUCUCGGUACACUACUAUGAACAAGAGGAUUUACAAAGUGCCCCCUGGGCUAUGCCGUUGAGUUUCUAUGUCAACUUUCUUAUUGCAGAUCCGGGAAGCAGGUGUGCUGCCCUGAAGUUUGGGCUGCGUAACCUUGCGAUUAUUCAAUUCAGAUCACACGAGGAGGAUGUAGAUAUGCAGGAUUGGGACGAGGAACUUGAUGGCCCUCGCCCGGUCAAAGAGCCGUCUACCACGCUCGGAAGUGGUACUAGCAACAAACAAGAGACAUCGUUUGCAACUUCAUUUGUCUUACGCCUGCCCAAUCUUGAUCCCAGUCUCAUCCAUCCUGUGCAUAUUGCCUUUCUACAUGAGUAUAGAGAGCCUACAUUUGGAAUCCUCUCUUCAACCGCCGCACCGUCAUUGGUGCUUAAAAGAAAAGACUCAUUGUCAUAUAAGGUCUUCACCCUCGACCUGGAGCAAAGGGCGUCGACCACAAUACUUUCUGUAAAUGGGCUUCCACAAGAUCUAUCCCGCGUGCUUGCGCUCCCUGCGCCGGUCGGUGGUGCUUUGUUGAUCGGAGCAAAUGAAUUGAUUCAUAUUGACCAGUCUGGGAAAACCCACGGCGUUGGGGUGAACUCUUUCUCAAAGCUGGCCACGUCAUUUAGCUUAGUUGAUCAGUCCGAGCUUGAGCUCAAAUUAGAAGGCUGUCAGAUUGAGGUCGUAUCUGCCGAAAAUGGAGAACUCUUGAUGGUGCUCAAUGACGGGCGUUUAGCGCUUAUCACUUUUAGGAUUGAUGGCCGUACAGUAUCGGGAUUGAGCGUUCAAAUGGUUGGGCCGGAUUCUGGCGGAAACAUCGUUCCAACACGUGUAUCAACUCUCAGCAAGCUUGGCCGAAGUGCAUUAUUCGUUGGAAGCAAGGAAUCCGAUUCUCUAGUUGUUGGUUGGACACGAAAACAAAGCCAAUCGGAAAAGCGAAGGCGUCGGGUCCAUGAUACUUCUCUUGAUCUCGACAUGGAUGAUGAAGACCUAGAGGAUAUGGAAGAUGAUGAUGAUUUGUAUGGAGAAGAGUCCGCGCCGGCGAAACAAGCCUCAGAUGUCAUCGAUGGCCAAGGGGGACGAUCCGGCGAACUUGUGUUUCGUAUACAUGAUUCCCUUGUCAGCAUCGCCCCGAUUCGUGACUUCGCCCUUGGUCCAACAUCUGGAUCCAAAGGUGAAGAACAAUCGACCCAAGAGGGCGUAACGAGUGACCUUAGCCUUGUUUGCGCCACGGGAAAGGGGUACGCCGGCUCGAUUUCCAUAAUAAACAAAGCUAUUCAACCUAGAGUUAUUGGACGGUUCGAAUUCCCAGAGGCCAGGGGGUUCUGGACAGUUGCUGCACAAAAGCCCAUACCCAAAUCAUUACAGGGCGACAGGGGUACUAACACCUUAGGAGCCGACUAUGACGCCUCAGCGCAGUAUGAUAAAUUUAUGAUCGUCUCAAAGGUGGAUCUGGACGGAUAUGAAACAUCGGAUAUCUAUGCUUUAACGGGGGCCGGAUUUGAAGCUUUAACAGGCACUGAAUUUGACCCAGCGGCUGGUUUCACGAUCGAGGCCGGUACUAUGGGCCAGCAUAUGAGGAUAAUUCAAGUUCUAAAGACUGCCGUUCACUGCUACGAUGGAGAUUUCGGGCUUAGCCAGAUAUUACCUAUGCUAGACGAAGAAACCGGGGCAGAACCAAGAAUCGACUACGCUAGUAUAGCCGACCCUUAUAUGCUGCUUGUUAGAGACGACGCAAGCGUGCUUAUUGCGAAAAUGGACAAUGACCUAGAAUUAGAGGAGCUCGAGAAGCACGACACCUCAUUAGCUUCUAAAAAAUGGAUAACAGGGUGUCUUUACGAAGACAAGUAUGGUGUUUUCUUAAAGACUUCAAGUGAUAAAGGCACAAACUCGGGAGAGAACAUAGUGAUGUUCUUGUUAAGCAAGACCGGCGCCCUUCAUAUAUACUCUCUCCCUGAUCUCACGGCACCUAUAUAUAUUGCUGAAGGAUUGUCAUACUUGCCUCCAAUUCUUUCUGCAGACUAUGCAGCGAGGCGUGGCACAUCCCGGGAGAGUCUCAAGGAGAUUCUGGUUGCUGAUCUGGGUGACAACACAUCUUCUUAUCCCUACCUCGUCACUCGAAACAAUCAAAAUGAUGUGGCUAUAUAUGAACCGUUUCGAAGCAUUUCCGAACCUACCACAGGGCUUUCUCAGGUGUUACAUUUUCUGAAGCUACCAAAUUCCACCAUAGCAAACAACCCGGAAACGGUUACAGAGGACGACGUUGAAGGGCAAAGGACGUACCCAAUGCGUCAAUCCGGCAACAUAGCUGGGUACAAGACCAUUUUUCUGCCUGGCGACUCCCCACACUUCAUUCUCAAAUCUUCCAAGACGCUACCAAAAGUCAUCGGGCUUCAAGGAUGCGCUGUACGCGGCAUGAGCUCGUUUCAUACGGAAGGCUGUGAGCGAGGGUUCAUCUAUGCGGAUUCUCGUGGUAUCGCACGAGUCUGUCAACUCUCAGCAAGCAACACGACUUAUGCUGCAAUCGGUAUGCCUCUGCGGAAACUUCCCUUAAACAUUGACACACAUGUCAUUGCCGUUCAUAGCCCUUCAGGAACGUUCGUCGUUGGUUGCGGGACCAAGGUCCCUUUUGAGUUGCCUAAAGAUGACGACUACCAUAAGGAAUGGCAGCUGGAGAAGGAUCUUCGUCUGAAGCCCAUGGUCACACAUGGGCUCAUCAAACUUAUUAACCCUUUAACAUGGACAGAAAUCGACACAGUUGAGAUGGAGCCAUUUGAAAGAGUCAUGUGCGUUGAAGCGCUUCACCUAGAGGUCUCGGAGUCAACAAACGAGCGGAAAUAUCUCAUCGUUGUUGGAACUGCUAUUUCUCGCGGAGAGGACUUACCAAUUAAGGGCCGAGUUCUUGUAUAUGAUGUGGUGGCCGUUAUCCCCCAGCCUGGCCGGCCGGAGACGGACAAAAAACUAAAGCUCAUCGCAAGAGAAGACAUUCCACGCGGCGCGGUAACAGCACUCUCCGAAAUCGGUACGCAAGGACUCAUGCUUGUUGCACAAGGUCAGAAGUGUAUGGUACGAGGCCUCAAAGAGGAUGGUUCUCUGCUGCCGGUUGCGUUUAUGGAUAUGACCUGCUAUGUAACGGCAGUUCGGGAGUUAAAGAGUACUGGAUUUUGCCUCAUGGCUGAUGCCAUCCAAGGUGUCUGGUUCACCGGCUAUACAGAGGAGCCUUAUCGGAUGACACUCUAUGGAAAGAGUGCAACCAGAUUCGAGGUGCUUACUGUCGAUUUCCUCCCUGAUAAGGAUGACCUUUUCAUCGUGGCUUGCGAUGCAGAUGGCGGUAUUCAUAUACUAGAAUACAACCCGGAACAUCCCAAAUCGCUCCAAGGUCACCUGCUGCUACAUCGUACUUCUUUCUCCACUGGCGGCAAUAUACCAACUCGCAGCAGGCAACUACCACGGACAUUACCGGCUACGUCGGACUAUUUCCUUCAGAAUCAGUCGGACGGAGACUCGUCAGCGAGACACUUGCAUAGUGCAUCAACAAUCCUAUUUAGCUCGCCAAGCGGCGUCCUUGCCACACUCUCGCCGAUAUCUGAGCCACAGUAUCGCCGGCUCUCUCUCCUAUGUGGACAGCUCAUCUCUUCAUUGCCGCAACAUGCGGCCCUCAACCCCAAAGCCUACCGUGCUCCUUUGACGACCGGCACUAUGGGACGGUCCCCGCCAGGUGUCGACGCGAACGUGGGACGAAGCAUUAUUGACGGUGCACUUCUCGCACGAUGGAACGAGCUGGGCGCCGGCCGCAAAGCCGAGAUUGCGGGACGCGUCGGGUUCGCUGGCGUAGAUGAGGCUCGGGAAGUGCUCAGGGAAGUGUUGGGGACGAGUGGGCUGGGGUACAUCUAAUAAUUUCCUGCGCG